AUGCGUGAGGAGCACAGCAACAUCCAGCUGCAGUACACCCUGUCCUGGGACAGAGAAGUACAAGUGACAGCAGGGACUGUUUUAGCAUCUAAUCAGCUUCUCAACACGCUGCCGUCCUUUGGCUUCCUCUUUGACAUCGACGGGGUACUGGUGCGAGGAAAGACUCCGAUUCCUGCUGCAAAAACCGCCUUUCGAAAGCUGGUGAAUUCUCAGGGACAGUUCUUGGUGCCGGUGGUGUUUGUCACCAACGCGGGGGAUUGCCUUCGCCAGAAAAAGGCUGAUCAGUUGUCUCAUCUGCUGGGAGUUCCAAUUUCACAAGAUCAGGUGAUGAUGUCGCACAGUCCUCUGCGGAUGUUCAAACGCUACCAUGAAAAAUGUGUUCUCGUAUCUGGCCAAGGACCGGUUCUUGAUAUUGCUCAAGACCUUGGUUUCUGUCAGCCUAUUACCAUUGAGACCUUGCGGGAGAAACACCCUUUGCUAGAUGUAGUUGACCAUGACAGGAGACCCAGCGCUCUGUACCCCUCUGCUGUGGAGCUUCCCAAGAUUGAGGCUGUGGUUCUGUUUGGGGAGCCGGUGAGAUGGGAAACCAACCUCCAGCUGAUCAUCGACGUCCUGCUGACCAGUGGCUACCCUGGGAAUCCCUACUGCCAGGAAAACUCCCCUCACAUCCCCGUGCUGGCCUGCAACAUGGAUCUCAUGUGGGUGGCUGAAGCGCAGUCCCCGAGGUUUGGGCACGGAACCUUCAUGGUUUGUUUGGAAAACAUUUACAAGAAGAUCACUGGCAAGGACCUGAAAUACGAGGCCUUAAUGGGCAAGCCCAGUAAACUGACCUACCAGUACGCAGAAUACCUCAUCCGGGCACAGGCUGCAGAAAGGCAGUGGAAACAACCCAUCCGAACCCUUUACGCUGUCGGAGAUAAUCUCAUGACUGAUGUCUAUGGUGCUAACCUCUACAAUCGCUACCUUGAAGAGAACUCCAGAAAAGGGUCAAAAUCACGGAUUCAGGCCAAAGCUGCCAGUGGCAGAGGAUCUGCUGCCCUCUCUCAGGAUGAUGAAAUAGACAACAGUUGGGAGAACGAAUUGGCGUCUGCGGCUGCUGCCCACUGUAGGUCUGUUCUGGUUUGUACUGGGGUGUACAACCCUCACACUGAGGUACCCUUGGACACCAGGGAGAGCGUCACGGAAACGGUGUUCCACGGCCACAGAGAUUUUAGAUUUGAGCCCGGUUUAGUAGAACCGAAUCAUAUUGUACCAGAUGUCGAUGCUGCUGUAGACCUGGUCUUCCAGCUGGAGAACUUUGCACCUAAUUGAGAUGAGUUCUUAAGGACUACUCACUGCUAUGCUUUUCUUCCCAAAAACCAAACUGCUUUAAGAGCAUGCCACAAACUGCUGCUCUCUAAAAUUUUUCACUUUAAAAUCAAUACGAUCUUAUAUAAAGUAUAUUAAUAUAUACUUAGGUAUAUUAAUAUACUUAAUAUAAUUAUAUUAAAUAUCAAUAGUGAAUUUUAAAGUACUUUGAAAUAUGCAUUUUCUUGCUUUAGUUGCCCGUUAUUGUCCUCCGAUUCAUUAGGUUAGGUAUUUUAAUAGCAAUCUUUCAUGUUAGUGGUACUUAAAUACCCACAGGACAGUACAAUCUUUUGUUUGCUCGAAGCUCUAGCUUCUAGGUAUUGGGGAACUUGAGGAUAUGGCAUUGUGUCGCUGGGAUCCCUCACACAAUGACAAACUGGUAGGUACAGAGCACGAUGUGUAUUACUGCCUGUUACUCUGUGAGUAACGAGCGUGCUCAGAGCAAAAUUCACCCCUGUUACUCUGUACUUGCUCAGGUAUAACCCUGCAGCCUUGCUUUUUACCUCUUUUGCCAUGUGUCUGGAGCUGCUGUUUCUUCUCUCUGCUCCAACACGUAAAGCCUUAAUCGAGCUGCCCGUGUCCGGUGGGGAGAGCUGACUUGUUGAUGCCAUUUUUGGAACUCCAGCUGAGCUGAGCACAGUUGUUGUCAGGAAAGCAGCCAACAGUGGGUGCCCUGUCGGGCACAAAACCUGGCCUUUUUGGCUUUGCCUUUUUAUCUGCACUUUUUUUGAGGAAUUUACAUUAGCAAGCUUUAGCAAUUAUAUUUCAGGCGUUUCUGUCAGUUGGACUUUUCCACUGAAUGAGUGACUACUGUUUGGGCAAAAAGUGCCUAGCAAUUUACUUGAAGUUUCAUACCACUGUGGUAAUUAACCGGCCUUGAGUGUAAUAUAUUGCACCUUGCGUCAAUGUUAUAUGUUGUUGGGUUCAUAGAUUUUAUAUCUGUUCAUUUAAAAAAAAAAAAAAAGUAAUUUAUGUUGUUUUUAUAAAAUACUUUUAAACAUUUUCAUCCAAAGAUGCCUUUGAAAAUAUUUUUGUGUUAAUUUGUUAUAACACAGUAUAUGAUGUACUUGUGACAUAAUCUUGGAAAACAGAAGACAAUUAAGUCUACUUAAAGACAAAGUCAACUUCCACACAGAUGUCACUUAACAUCACCUUGGGGGCCAGUCAGGUUUUUAUGGUUGGGUUUGUUUGUGUCGUUUUUUUCUUCAAAUUAGAAAUUGUACAAACAAAAAUCUGUGGGUCUUCAUUUUUCUCAAGUUCUUGCAGAACUAGGAAAAAACUAGCUUAAAAGCACUGAUAAGACAGAUGGUGGCAUAAAGUGAAAUGACUUCCUGGCCAGCUUCUUCACUGCUUAUUAUCCUGACAUCAAAAUCUGAAAACUCAUGCCAUGAAGAGAAUGUUGCUGCUAUGAGGUCAGGUUUUUGUUGUUGCUGUGUUUUCUCCAUUUGCAAACCACUGUCGUGCCCCUCUUGGCUGUCAGGAUUGGUGAUGUGCUCACUCACAGUGUUUCAUAAGUAGCUUUCAACAUACUGUGCUGGAUGCAGUUAAAGACAGUGCCCUAAACAGUGUAUUUCCUGUUUCUUCACUGGGAAGGUAUUAGAGCAGCACAUUCUUGCCUUUUUUAAUUGUUACAAUAAACAGAUAUAUACCUAUUUCUUUAGCACUUUCCUGCAAUAUGCCAACUAUUGUGAAGUACACCAAAGUGAAGACUGUAGUUUUGUGAAAUGUCGGGGUGACUGAGGUUGCGUUGUUUCAAUACCAAAGCAUGUUGUAGAGCUCUUUAUCUAUUACCAGAAGUGAUUCCAGGCUGUUAGUGAAGCAAGGAAUAAAAAUGUGAAAAUUGAUGAGGAA